AUGCGUCGGCAGAAAUGUGAUAGACAGGCUCCUUGUGGUAGAUGCGUCAAGAGAGGCAUUCCAGAAAAGUGCACGCGUAAUUGGCCAACCAAGUACGAUCCAUCUGUUCAUCGGGUGUACAAACGGACACGCUCGACAGCCAGUCGAGUCUCGGAAUCGGAUCCGGCUUCUGAUAAUAAUGCGCAGCAAGCUCUCGAACAGACUGCAAGACCAGCAUUGCUUGGAGGAUUGAGCGACUGCCUACCUCGGGAGGCAAGAUGGGCGAACGAACCGAGAUUACAAUAUGCAUUCAAGCCAUUCUUCCCUCCACAGUUACGAAAGCCCACUUCAAAUGCCCAGAAGGUCAGCAGCUCCUGGUUAGCCUCGACAGGUAUUGGAUUCAACUCCACGGCGGAUGCGCAGACAGCAUUCCUGCAGAUGUUGGUGCCCAGCGUUGACCACAUCUGGGAUCUAGUCAACUAUCAUGAGCUUUCUCUUCUGUGGUAUCAUGGCUGCUAUUUCGGCCCGCUCUUCAGAUGGGAAUUGCAGAGCGUUCUCGCUGAUCAAGACCAGUCGGAGAUCUUAGCCAUCACCAACUUGGACCUCCAAUGGCUUGCACUCCUCUUUUCUAUCAUGGCAGGCAGCUUGACAUGUGCACCGGAACGAAGACAGAUUCAGUGGGGUUUCCACAAGGCUGAAGCCUCGAAAUUGUCGAUGCAAUGGUAUAAGGCGACCAUUUCGUGUCUGAACCAAGCCGAAUACACCUCUAAUCACAGUAUCUACUCUGUCCAUGCGAUUGCAACGUUGACCAUGUCUGCUCAUUUCCUGGGUCAAUCCAGCGAACUCUCGGUACUUCUUGGUGGUGCUUUAAAGAUUGCACAAAGCUUGGGGUUGGAUAGACUUGAUCAUGACCCAGCAUCUGAAAAGAUCACCAGUUCAUCUACUGAAGAGCAACGACACAAAUUGAUCAAGCGGGAGAUCGGCCGAAGACUGUGGUCGCAACUCUGCGUCCAAGAUUGGAUGUCUCUCCCAUUUAACGAGAGCCACAAUAUCCACCCGUUACAUUUCACCACGACUAAGCCUUCGAGCCGGAACCACCUAAACAUGGAUCCAAUACCGACAACAUUUCCCACUUAUAUCAGUUACGGGAACUAUCUGUUUGAGAUCGCCAAGCUGAUGGUGGACCAUCACGAGGCUAUGCUACACGCAACUACGCAAUUUACCAAGUAUGAGUACGUCUUGGAGUACGAUUCCAGGAUGCGAACUUUGGCUACGAAAGGGAUGCCUCGUUUCUUCCACGUCGUUGAGCCGAUCGACCCCGCGUGGCCUGAAUGGGUCCCGGCGGCAAGGAGAAGCCUGACCAUUUGCUUUGCCCACAAAAUCAUCAUGAUACAUCGCACGUACAUCAGAGCGAGCUUCGUCAACCCGGCGUAUUCGAUCACACGCAUGACAUGCCUAGCUGCGGCAAAGACAAUACUGAACGAGGCGAAGCAGACGAAAGACCUCGACGGGCCGAUCAUUUGGGUUGACAAAGCGUUCUGCGUCGCUGCUGCGAUCAUUCUUUGCCUGGAUAUCUUCCAUCGUUCGGCGUCCGACCCCGAGUUCAAAACGCACAAAGACCUUGUCACUGAGUGCAUCGAGUUGCUCCGCAAGUUCGACACAAGUGUUGUUGCGGUCCGAGGGGCUAGACUCUUGACCGCUCUGCUUACAGAAAGGGAGCGCCUUACAUCGAGUCUCGCCUGGCCACCAGAGAGCAUCAAGACAUCCGACAUACUAGCAUCGCUUAGUACUGAACACGAUGGGCCAGGCUACGCAGAUACCACAGCCGAGCUGAAGCCUUUGGCAGAAUUGUUUCCACCUCAGGCUGGAUUCUGCAACCGCUUCUUAUUCGAAAAUAUGCUUAGCUUCAAGGGUGACCUACGGGGAUGA